AGAACGAUGACCUCGACUUCAUGGACCUCAUAGGGCAGGACAGACAGUGGACGGUGGGCAGGAAGUUACUGCAGGUGAACGACACGCUGACUUCGGAAGAUGCUGGGCUGCGGAGCAGCAAGAACUGCACUGAACCAGCCCUGCACGAAUUCCCCAAUGACAUCUUCACCAACGAGGACCGGAGACAGGGAGCGGUGGUCCUGCACGUGCUCUGUGCCAUGUACAUGUUCUACGCGCUGGCCAUCGUGUGUGACGACUUCUUCGUCCCCUCCUUGGAAAAGAUCUGUGAGCGCCUGCACCUCAGUGAGGAUGUGGCUGGGGCCACGUUCAUGGCGGCGGGCAGUUCGGCCCCAGAGCUGUUCACGUCGGUCAUAGGCGUCUUCAUCACCAAGGGCGACGUGGGAGUGGGGACCAUCGUGGGCUCUGCCGUCUUCAAUAUCCUGUGCAUCAUCGGCGUCUGCGGGCUCUUCGCCGGGCAGGUUGUGGCUCUUUCCUCCUGGUGCCUGCUGCGGGAUUCGAUUUACUACACGCUGUCCGUGGUCGCGCUCAUCGUGUUCAUUUAUGAUGAACAAGUUUCCUGGUGGGAGUCCCUGGUCCUCGUGCUCAUGUACCUCGUCUACAUCGUCAUUAUGAAAUACAACGCCUGCAUGCAUCAGUGCUUCGAGAGGAGGACGAAAGGUGCUGGAAACAUGGUCAACGGCUUGGCCAGCAACGCCGAGGUGGACGACAGCAGCAACUGUGACGCGACUGUGGUGCUACUGAAGAGAGCCAAUUUCCACCGCAAAGCGUCAGUGAUCAUGGUGGACGAGCUGCUGUCAGCCUACCCACACCAGCUGUCUUUCUCUGAGGCCGGUCUUCGAAUCAUGAUCACCAGCCACUUCCCCCCCAAGACCCGACUCUCCAUGGCCAGCCGCAUGUUGAUCAAUGAGAGGCAGAGACUGAUCAACAGCAGGGCUUAUGCCAACGGGGAGUCCGAGGUGGCCAUCAGAAUCCCCAUCAAGCACACGGUGGAGAACGGGACGGGGCCAGGCAGCGCCCCGGACAGAGGCGGCAGCCGGGCCCGGAGGGACGACGCCGUCGCUGAGGCUGGCGACGAGGCGGAGAAUGAGAACGAGGACAACGAGAACGACCAGGACGAGGAGGACGAGGAGGACGAGGAGGGCGAGGAGGGACCCUACACGCCGUUCGACCCCCCCUCUGGCAAACUGGAAACAGUGAAAUGGGCGUUCACCUGGCCCCUGAGCUUCGUCUUAUACUUCACUGUCCCCAACUGCAACAAGCCCCGCUGGGAGAAGUGGUUUAUGGUGACGUUCGCUUCCUCCACGUUGUGGAUCGCAGCCUUCUCCUACAUCAUGGUGUGGAUGGUCACCGUCAUCGGUUACACCCUGGGGAUCCCCGACGUCAUCAUGGGCAUCACCUUCCUGGCGGCUGGAACCAGCGUGCCCGACUGCAUGGCCAGCCUCAUCGUGGCCAGACAAGGCAUGGGGGACAUGGCCGUGUCCAACUCCAUCGGGAGCAACGUGUUUGACAUCCUCAUCGGCCUCGGCCUCCCCUGGGCCCUGCAGACCCUGGCUGUGGACUACGGAUCCUACAUUCGGCUGAACAGCAGGGGGCUGAUCUACUCCGUGGGCUUGCUCCUGGCCUCUGUCUUUGUCACGGUGGGUCUGCAGCUCUCUCCUCUCUCGAGUUCCCAUGCCCCCCCCACCCCCUUGGGCUCUUUGGCUACAGAGUCUGUUUGGGCACCAGAUGGGCUUGGCCUCCUGGUGGGCAGGGGACAGUCAGCCUGCAGAUGCCCCAUCUCGUGGCUGUUUCUUCCAGACGUGGAUCCUGGCAACCCACGAGAAGCCUUCUCCCUUUCUGAAAGGAGCCGGCCUCCUCUCAGAAGCAUGGCUCAUCUCUUGUUAAACACAAACUUUUAUCAAAGGCAAAAGGGAGCUCACACUUUUUCUGCAAGAUUAGCCCCAGAAGGUUAUAUUCCAGACUAUUCCAGGUUACUAAAUAUCUCCAUAAAUCCCUGGAUUUGACCAAUGCUCAAAGAC